GUGCACACAGCUGGAACCCAUCUCCAGAAACAAAGAGCAGGAAGCCAUCUUCAGUUGGAGGGAUUCUUCCAGAUUUUUGAGCCUUGUUGGAAGAGAUGAUGAUAGGCCUGGGUCCCCUGUUGUUGGUCUUCAUGCUGGGGCCCUGUCUGACCCCACCGACCCUGGCUCAGGAUGACUACAGGUACAGACACUUCCUGGAUCAGCACUAUGAUGCCAAUCCACGUGGCCGGAAUAACAGAUACUGUGAUACCAUGAUGAGGAGACGAGGCUUGACUUCACCCUGCAAAGACACCAACACCUUUAUUCAUGGCACCAGUAACAACAUCAAGGCUGUCUGUGAAGAUGAGAAUGGAAAGCCUCAUGGGGAGAAUUUCAGAAUAAGCAAGUCUCCUUUCCAGGUCACUACUUGCAAGCUCAGAGGAGGGUCCACCCGGCCUCCCUGCCGGUACAGAGCCACACCUCGAUACACAUAA